AUGAACUGGGGCAUCUAUAUCUUUUUGGCCAUCACAGCUGCCAGUGGGACUGAUGAAGUAGAUCCGGGUGAGCACCUUUUCGAGCCGACAUGCAUCAUGCAGCCUUGGGUACCAGAUACCGUCAGUGAUGGCCGGCUUGGAUUUGACCCCGACGAUUUUCUCAACUUGGACUCGGAGGGAGAUCAAUUACCGCGCUCGUCGAACUCGCGCCCACCUGGCUAUGAAAGACUUCAGGAGCACUUUGCCCCUCAAGGUUACUCCCCAUCUGAUUUCCUCAGUGACCUUCUGGGACCUCCAAUAACCCACAACGUCGAACAUCGUAUAUCUUCUUCUUCCACAGCCGAUGAGGGGGGUGCUCAGAUGGCCGGCGCAGCUUUCCAGCCGCAUGCGACUAACAAGGGUUCUCCAACCGAUGAACGUCAGCAAGCCGAUUUCUCUUCCAGUGAGGAUAGCUUCCAAUUCCAACCGAAUGGUGUGAGCAUGCAGCCUCUUCAGCCCAGCCAAAAACAUGACGAUGGAUUGGAGGGUACCUUCGACCAACUUGACAUCUGGUUCAAAUACACGCAAGAUGCUACACGCUCUCCAUCUGAAGACGGACUCCAAUCAGACAAUCCAAAAGCCAUUUCCAACCACGCAGACAUCAAUUUACCUUCUUCAUCUUCAAAAAAUGCUCACAUAGAAUCCCCAGUAUCAGCUCCCAGCCAAGCACGCCAUGAAAUAUUAAGCAAACUUUUGCAGAACAACCAGGAACAGUUAUCAAUUUGUAUGACCAACUAUGCAGACACCAUGAUUUCUUCAUCUUCAGAAACCUCUCACUCAGCUUCCCCAGUAGUUUCCUCGAGCCAGGACCGCUACCAAAUAUUCAGCAAACUUUUACAGAUCAGUGAAGAACAAUUGUCAAUCUGCAAGAAAUUAUCUGCUGAUCUGAUGGAAAAAUCAGUUGGGUUGAUUUUUCCCCAGGUCUCACAGAAAAAUCCUUUUGAGGGACAUCAACUCAAAAGUAUACCCAGACAUAUUCCAGAAAUGACCCAGGAGAAUGUCUCUUUGAAGGAAUACCAGUUUGGACUGAUCUGUCGUAUUUUGAAAAAACAGAAUCCAGAUCGUAGGACAAAGAACAGAAGAUGGGAAAGCUCCAAAUUACAUCAAUGA